AUGGUUAUCACUGUCUUCGCUACCUCCUCGUUUUGUGUCUUCUUUUCCGAUAGUCUUCCUUUUGCCGCUGCCGCUGUUAAGGUUUCCGCUACUCAUCACUGCAGCACCACCGCAGCCUCACUGCAGGAUGUCGCAAGUAUGGUCACCUUCCAGAUCUAUGUCCCUAUCAGACGGGGAUCCGGGGCUGUCGUGUUUCCACUGCGGGAGCGGCUGGGACGGGCACACACUCCACUUCGACGCAAUUCGACCCCUCCAAGUUCCACAGCAAAACUGUCUCACACUAGCAGCAGGCUUCCGGGUCUUUCUUCGGCCAUGAUGGAUGGCUGUUCACCUAAUGUUGCCCUGCAGAACCCUGUUUCGACCCUCGAUGGUUCUCCAAGCUAUAUACUUCUUAUUAUGUUUACGGUUGGUAUAGCUGUCGCUGGCCCCAGUAGCCAGGGGAUGGCGGGCUUCCACACUCCGCCUUCCGUUGUGCCGCCGCUGCCGUGCCGAUAUAUUAGGAAAGUAUCGAUGGGACAGACGUGGAGGUCUCCUUGGAACCUGACUCGAGUGCAGCUGAGGUUCCCAAUCUGGUUGACUUCGCUACCGAGAUGGUUCUGCUACCAAGAUAAUCCCCACAUGGGGUCGGCUGUACUCGGGGUUAGGUCUCUGUGGGCCGUGUCUGUUGCGCUUGGCCCGAGGCGAUCCGCGCGGGCUCUUCGGGCCAUACAUCCGCCUCUCCUGUACUUCAAAGGUGAGGAAACCUUGCUGGGGUUGGCUGCUCUAUCUGCACAAGCCGACGACACGAUACCAGAAAUCGCCAAUGAGAUGGGUUGA